GGUAGCUUUUGGCAUUCCGGUGCUUACCUUGGGCAGCUGAGCCUUGUGAUUUGCAGGAGUGAGGGCGGGAUAUCCUUUGAAGUUUGAAUUGUUCUUCAAGCAGUUCUUGUCCCGCUAUUAGUUCAAGGCGUCACUGGGCUCCUGUUGCAAGGAUUGGGGGAUAGAAAGCAUGCAUCGUUCGUAGCGCCUCCUGCUAUCAUGCCGUCAGAAAACAUAUGUGGAUGUUUUCUGGCAGGCUUCCAAACUCCGGUGUUUGCGCCCCUAGUUCUGAGAAUUUUCCCUUUUCAAACAGUUGAUCUAAAGUGGGGUUUCUUGAAAGCUGCCUGUUAGGGUAUCGGAACGGCUGCUGGUUCAAAAAUGGACUCAGUGCUCCAGGUUGGUGUAAGGAGCUAGACAGAGUGCUUGCACCCUGAGCCCUGAGGAUGGCAAGCGCGAGCAAGGCUGCGCCAGCAGCGGGCGCUUCGUCCUACUCCAAAGACUGUGACCUGCCUUGGGUAGAGAAGUACCGGCCACACAAGAUCAGCGAAAUCGUGGGCAACCAGGAUGCGGUUUCGCGCCUCCAAGUUAUUGCGCAGGAUGGCAACAUGCCCAACCUCAUCUUUGCUGGGCCCCCAGGGACGGGCAAAACGACCAGCAUACUUGCGCUUGCUCACGAGCUGUUGGGGCCCAGUUACAAGGAAGCUGUUCUGGAACUCAAUGCUUCAGAUGACAGAGGCAUCGACGUCGUGCGAAACAAGAUCAAGAUGUUUGCUCAGAAGAAGGUGACGCUUCCCCCGGGUCGGCAUAAGAUCAUCCUGCUAGAUGAGGCUGACAGCAUGACUGCAGGCGCGCAGCAGGCGCUGCGGCGUACAAUGGAGAUCUACAGCAACACGACGCGCUUUGCGCUGGCGUGCAACCUGAGCACCAAGAUCAUCGAGCCCAUCCAGAGCCGCUGCGCGAUCGUGCGCUUCUCGCGCCUCUCCGACAUCGAGAUACUGGCGCGCCUCACGGCCGUUGUGCAGGCCGAGCAGGUGUCGUCCGUCCCCGAGGGCCUCGAGGCCCUCGUGUUCACCGCCGACGGCGACAUGCGGCAGGCGCUGAACAACCUGCAGGCGACGUUCAGCGGGUUUGGGUUAAUCACCCAGGAGAACGUGUUCCGCGUGUGCGACCAGCCGCACCCGCUGAUGGUGAGCAACAUCGUGCGGCACUGCCUGGGGGGCAACAUCGACGGCGCGCACCAGGGCAUGAAGGAGCUGUACGACCUGGGCUACUCCGCGACGGACAUCAUCACGACGCUCUUCCGGGUGGUCAAGAACUACGACAUGCCCGAGUUCCUCAAACUCGAGUACAUCCGGGAGGUUGGCUUCGCACACAUGCGUAUCAGUGACGGGGUGGUCUCCCUUCUCCAACUGUCUGGCUUGUUAGCAAAACUCUGCCUAGUAAAAGAAAGGGCAAAGGCUUAGUCGGUGUCAAUCGGUCACGCUACCUUGUCGUGCGGAGUCAGCCUUUCUAGCUCUUCAGCAUACUCGCGUCGCCAUCGAGUGCGGCUGCUCGAGGCUUCCAAGAACAUCUGACAGCUUGAUCAGCGUCUUUGCAUUUGUCAAUCACGAACGGCAUGUGCUGCACGCUCGAAACAUUUGUCGCUAAGGUAAUUUCUCUGCAUAGUUGUCACGCUAGACCAUUAGGGCAGUGCUUGACAGUCCUUGCAACAAGGUCACUUUCAUGCAACACCAACCUGUUGCACAUGGAAGCGCUUUACCUACACAUUCCGUCAACGUGCAUCCAAGCGGCA